CACAGCUUGGCACCCCUUCCCCCGCCCUCGCCGCCGCCACCACACACACGCAUGCUUCUCUCCAUCUUGUGAUUCCUUUUUUCCUCCUGAACCCUCCAGUGGGGGUGCGAGUUUGUCUUUACCCCUUCCCCACCCUCCCCCCCCACCUCCACCGUCUUCUCGUUCUCCUUCCCCUCCCCAGCUUGGUGUGCGCCUCUUUCUUUUCUCGCCACUCUUCAUUCUUAUUUAUUCAUAUUUAUUUGGCUCCUGCUCUCUUUCUCCCCUUCCCUCCCUCCCUCCGGAUCCCUGCUCUUUCCCCGGAGUGGCUUGUCGGGGGCUCCGCCGCUGGCCAGGCGUGAUGUUGCACGUGGAGAUGUUGACGCUGGUGUUUCUGGUGCUCUGGAUGUGUGUGUUCAGCCAGGACCCAGGCUCCAAGGCCGUCGCCGACCGCUACGCCGUCUACUGGAACAGCAGCAACCCCAGAUUCCAGAGGGGUGACUACCACAUCGACGUCUGUAUCAAUGACUACCUGGAUGUUUUCUGCCCUCACUAUGAGGACUCGGUCCCGGAAGAUAAGACUGAGCGUUAUGUCCUCUACAUGGUGAACUUUGAUGGCUACAGUGCCUGCGACCAUACUUCCAAGGGGUUCAAGAGAUGGGAAUGUAACCGGCCUCACUCUCCAAAUGGACCACUGAAGUUCUCUGAAAAAUUCCAGCUCUUCACACCCUUUUCUCUAGGAUUUGAAUUCAGGCCAGGCCGGGAAUAUUUCUACAUCUCCUCUGCAAUCCCAGAUAAUGGAAGAAGGUCCUGUCUAAAGCUCAAAGUCUUUGUGAGACCAACAAAUAGCUGUAUGAAAACUAUAGGUGUUCAUGAUCGUGUUUUCGAUGUUAACGACAAAGUAGAAAAUUCAUUAGAACCAGCAGAUGACACCGUACAUGAGUCAGCCGAGCCAUCCCGCGGUGAGAACGCGGCACAAACACCAAGGAUACCCAGCCGCCUUUUGGCAAUCCUACUGUUCCUCCUGGCGAUGCUUUUGACGUUAUAGCACAGUCUCCUCCCGUCACCUGUCACAGAAAACAUCAGGGUCUUGGAACACCAGAGAUCCACCUAACUGCUCAUCCUAAGAAGGGACUUGUUAUUGGUUUUUUGGCAGAUGUCAGAUUUUUGUUUUCUUUCUUUCAGCCUGAAUUCUAAGCAACAACUUGGGGCCAGGAGGGGCUAAAGUAGUGGCUGCUCCCCUACCCCAUCCCACCCCUAGCCCUUGCCCUUGACUUUCUCUCACCCCUUCCAAGUUAAAUGGACUCCAGAUGAAAAUGCCAAAUUGUCACAGUGACACCAGUGGUCGUCAGCUCCUGUGCAUUCUCCUCUCAGAGCCCACCUCCGUUAGCGUCCUGUGUCAGCGGUAUACGGACAAGGAAGAAUAGUGGCAGAUGCAGCCAGGAACGGCAAGGCCCAGGAGGGUUGUGCUCUCCCAUACAAUAUUUAUGCCUUCUCAUUCAGGACUGUAAGCUGAUCGUGCGGGGCAUCGUGUCACCGUGUCGAGUCCAGAGGGGAGGUAUUAAGAAUAGAUAUAAUAUUACACCCUUUCCUCUAGGAGUACAUAAAUGAACAGGCUUCUAAAAGGUUGAGACACUGGGGGUUUUUUUGUUUUGUUUUGUUUUAAGAUGACUGUCUUAAAGCAUUCUUGACGGCAAAACUUGUGCUCCAUGAAAGAAGCCUUUUUUUCUAGAAAGCAGGUCGGGUGCGGGAAUGCUAGCACAGAACAAGUGUGAGAACAGAGAAAAUUAGGUUUGGUGGGGGUGUGUAUGUGUGAGUGCCUCUAAUUUUUUUGGUGACUGGGCAAUGCACACCAGAUUUUUUUUUUCCUUUGAAUACAGAUCACCAUGGUGCUACAAUUUUUUUUUUUUUUAAAGAAACUCAAAGAGGCAUUUUUAUGAAUAAAGUGACCUUCCCCAAGGCUGACAAGCCAGGGUUGAUGAGUGUAUAAUGGAAUAGCUUUGGAUACUCCUCUGGGGGACAAUAUGUACCAAGGAAAGGAGGUCAGUGGCCAGAGGAGAUGUGAUUUGGCUUUGCUGGAGCGCCAGUGUGCUGUGGCCUUUCCCCGACUCCCACCCUAGUACCCACGUUUUGCUCCACACUCCACAACUGCAGGGGCUCAGACACACACCCCUGUCACCAGGAGAGUCAGUCAGCACUACUUGGGAGGGCUAAAGGGAAAUUUGGAAUAAAAAUUCCAAAGUUUGGAAUAAAAAAAUGUCAAGUGUUGAUUUUAUAUUCUUUCCCUUUCUGACACAGCCUGAAGCGUAGGGGGAACAUGUGUUUAUCUGUGGGAGAUAAACAAGAUGGAGUCCCAAAGACUUUAACAAAAUAUUUUUUUAAAAAUCCACUAGAAUAGAAAAUACAUUAUUUAGAUAUACUUUAUGCUGAGAGUGAGUAUAUAUGCUUGUCCUAUUUAAACUUGUGAGAAAAAAAGUGGUAUCCCUUGAUACAUUUAGAAAUAUAGGGGGCUAUCUUGUUUCAUUGUGGGGGCGGGGCAGAAGGAGAAAAAACGCAAGAUGACCCUGUUUGAGGAAUCUUAGCAUGGCCAACAAGGGACAUUUCCAGUUGGUUACCAGGAAAUACAAGCUUGGGGUUACUACUGGUGAGGCUCACAAACUGAGCUCCAAAGCCUAGACAGGGGAAAGUGUCAGACCAAUGAAAGGAAAUCUAGCCUUUUUACUAACUGCCCGGCAUGUCAAUAGAAACCAUGCCUUUCAAAAAUAAAACAAACAAAAAUAAAUGCCAUGAUUAUGUCAUAGGUGAAAAGUUGGAAGCGGUCCAGGAAAUAAGGCUUUUUAAAAAUAUGUAUUUGUUUUUUUUAAAAUGUCUAGAUGAAAAAAGAGAGGGGUCACAGUAUGGACAGACUUUAUGAAUGGGAAUUGGCUACGAAAUUGUGAGUAAUUCUGAAUUAGAAAAAUAUGUGAAUGAAAGGCAGCUGUAAAGGCACUUGCACCCUGGAGAGUUGUACACAUGUUGAAAUGUAAUCUGGGCUUACCUGAUCCAUGUGGAAUGGAUGUUACUGCCGGGUCUGUUCACACUUGGAACCAUGGCAGUGAGGCUGCUGGCCUUGCAGACACCGUCAGUGCUGUUCCCCCAGACAUCAGGAGCUUCUGUGGAGUGGCAGAGUCUUGUCACAGAAGGCAGCCACCAUUUCACUGAAACAAAAGUUCACAGCAUUGGAUUCUUUUUUUUCCUUUAACUCUGUAUAUGCUCAGCACUCUCAGUAAUACCCAGUAAUACUUCUUUUUAUUAAUAGUUAACCGGCUUGUUGGUCCAGUGGGAUUUGAGUGGGGGUGGGGGGGGCGGAUACCUUCUAAAAUGGAUCAAUAGUCAGAACCAAAAUAAUACUGCAUGUUCUAUAACCACAAGGAAAUCAAAUGAUCCUAUAAUGAUUCCAGUUAGUCAUAACUACAUUAGCAGUGCUAAUUUCAUUUUAGAAAUGGUGACUUCUGUGGUUUUGCUAGCAUUUGUCUCUAACAAAUGAUAAAAUAAUUACUCAUGGCCCUCUCUGCCAUUGUCUUUCAUUUUUCACAGUGAAAUUAGACCCCUUUACUUCAUCAUGCCACUACAAAUUAAGUUUAAAAAGGAAAAAAAAAAGCAAGACUAUCCACACCAGUAGACAGUGUGCUUCUCUACCUUUAAGUGAUGUAAUUGUAGGUAAUGCUUGCCACGGAGUUUCCAAGAAAAUGAUUGGUAUCAGACAGUUUUCAUCUUGUCCAGAAAGUGCUGGUGGCCUUUUAUGGUAGUGUUACAACCCUCUGGGGGCUUAGGAGGAUGUCAUGCAAUUUUGUAGCAGCUUUUAAUUCAAAAAACAACUCAAAAGUCUGAAGGGCAGCCUUAGCUGCCUCUCAGCCCCAGUUAGUCAAACCCCAGCGACCUUUGCCCCUGGUUGCCAAGGGCUUUGCAACAUGAAGCAGGGAAAUAAGGAUCUGUCUGUUUAGUGGAUACUGUGUAUCCUUUAAUAGACCAGGUAACAGUUCGUGUUAGUUUAGACUAUUGUUUUGUACUGUACUUUCUUGGGUGGCAGAGGAAAGAAAAGUAAAACAUUAAAAAAACAAAAAAAAAACAAAAAAAAAAACUGCGUUCUUUAAAUUCUGUAUUCUUAGCGACCUCUGUUGUAUAUAGUGUUUGAUAAUAAAGUAUUAAUUUGAUUCUUAUGUCUUUUGUAAGUGAGAACAAUAGUCUUUCAGGAUACAAAACAUGCAUUGAGGCUUUGAAACAUCCAAUGUAUACGUGGCUAAGAAGAGUCACAAAUGGCUGAGACACUGCUCCAUACAGGACUCGUGUGUGGUCAUCACCCGCCCAAUCGUAAGACUCCAUCAUCUCGGGACCUGGAACAACAUGACUUUUUUGAUCAAUAUUUUAUCCUCACUGUUUUCAAGGUCUGAUGUUGGAGCCCUGUGGUGUUCUUCCUCCCCCAGCAUGUUGGUUUAAAAAGGUUUAGGGAAUUUAGUAACAGUUCUGGAUUUUGGUUUGGUUUUCUGUUUGUGGUGGUUUUCAUAGACUGUUUCAUUUCUCCCCAGGAAGACGUGCCAGAAUCCCCCGUGGCUCAAGCAUGGGAAGGGUUUCAAGCCAGUCCAUUUAGGAAGGUUAAAUGGGAGCUGUUUCCCUGUGUCAUUGUGAAAGGAAGAGUCGCACAGUACCUGUGGAUUUUCAGGGACUUUGUUUUUCUCUGGUGCCUUAGCAACGGCAGCAGCCAUUUUCAGUAGUUUCUCCAAAAUUAAUAAAACAGUUUAAAUUCCCCUCCAUUCAUUGCUCUCAGAGCUGUGGUCAGUCGUUUUUUCUUUUGAAAACCACCUCCACCAACACCCCCGUUUGCCUACCACCCCCCCCCUUUUAGAUGUUUAUUUUUUUUUGUCUCUUUCCUUCCGCCCACGUUUUAUUUUCCCUCAGAACCGUGAAUGGGCAGGUCUGUCUCUGGUUUGGCAUCACUGAGUUUUUCCCAUGCAUUUGCCCAAGAGCUGCUCGGAUGUGAGACAAAUCUCCCUACAAUGGGCUUGCUCCCAUUGUCUGUACAGUUUAAUAGAUGCUGGCAUGUUGGAGGUUACCCAUGAGUCAAAAUCCGCUUUCCAUGCUUACUUUUGACACCCCAUUGAAGCCACUCAUUGUGUGUGCGUCUGGGUGUGAAGUCCAGCUCCGUGUGGUCCUGUGCUUGUACUGCCCUGCUUUGCAGUUCCUUUGCACUUACUCAUCGAGUGCUGUUUUGAAAUGCUGACAUUAUAUAAACAUAAAAGAAAAUGUAAAAAAAAAAAAAAAAAACCCACACACAAACCAACCCAUACAAUCUGUAUUUGUAUAUACACGUGUCCGUACAAGUAUACCUAAAUAAAAAUUAAAGAUUUUCAUCAUUUUAA